GACGUUUGACGUGUUUCCUCUUUCAAAUAUUUGAAUCGACGUUUGUUUUCUUGUUUUGAAAUAAGCGGUUGUUCAACCGUUUUCGUGAUUGAUCCAGAUUAAUUAAACGACGUGUUUCUCUCGGCUUAUUUCAAUAUUUAUAGGUACAUACAUAAGAUAUUGUUAAAAAAGGCACUAACUGUGAAUUGUUGUUUUAAAAAUGGAAUCUGUAACUGAUCGGUUGAAUAAGCUCCGAGAAGAACGCAUCGCUAGGGAAAAGGCGCGAAUCGAAAAGUUACGGGAAUUAAACCUCAAGAAAUAUAACAAAAAUGACACCCAACCCAAGAACUCUGUGUCAAAUGGUAGUGUGGCCGGUAAGUCGAUCAAAAAUGAAACUGGAUCAAAUAUAACCAAAAAUAAUGUCAAUAGUAACUAUAAAAACAAUUUUCAUGUUAAUGGAGUAAUUACAAAAAGGCCUCUCACAGCCCCAGAAGCUAGAAAAUCUUUGAUGCCUAAAAAAGAUGAUAAUGGUAAAUCAAACAUUGCUAAUGAUCCUAAAAUUGAAACAAAAAUUGAGAAAAACUUUAAGAAACCAGAUGUAUCAAAUAACAGAACUGGGAGCAAGAUACCAAUGAUGGGUACAUCAAAACUAGCUUGUCAUCAAGUAACAAAGGAUGAGAAAAAACUGAAUGCUCCAAAAAUUGAGGUAAAACAUACAAGAAAAAGUUUGGCAGCACCAAAACUUAGUAACCCGAAACCAACUAUGACAGCAACUAGGAAGACAAUGAUACCAAAGAUGUCAGAUACAAAUACCCGGGAAUCUGUCUUCGAUAGGCUAUACAAACCCAAAGUGAUUGCAAACCAUGAUAAUGACAUCAACAAACUAAAAACUGAUCCAAAUUAUUUGAAAAAGGUCAUUAAAAGCUCAGGGUUGCUGCUUGAAAAAUCUCAUGCUGCCGUCAAGACCAAGCCACCAGUUCGCCGCUCUAUAUCUGCUGUACACUUCAAGAGAAUAAGCAAAAAUGAAAUUGGCAAUUGCAUUCAUAAGUGGGCUUCAAUUGGUGAUAAGUUAAAUAAUGUGCAUUUAAAACACAUUAACGAAGAUGAAACAGUAAACGCUGACAAAGUUAUAUCAGCUAUUAAGAGUGAAAGGAAGAAGGUUAAAUUCAUGACUCCGAUACCUCAGAAUUUCAAUACGCCACGCCCGGAAGAACUACAAGCAAGAUUAAAAUCUUGGUUACAAAAACGUGGCAAAUCAUUAGACACUUACCAUCAUUUGCAAUGUUUUGGGAUCAAUCAUUUAUCGAACAAAGACAUUGUACCUUUAGCCUUUGAAGAAUUACCACAAUUUAACUAUGAAGAGGAAAAUAAAGAGAAUAUUGCUCUGAAUUCUGACAGCGAUGACGAUUCGUAUGUCGAAAACAUGAAUGAGAAUAACAAACACGUCAAAGAUACAGUGAAUUGGCGGCGAGCUAGCUGCGUCAGUGAAAGCGUUGACUUCAAUGAGAGUGCUGACAGUACGUUGACAUCGACAGACGUUUUUAAAAUUGAUGAAAUAUUACUGGGAGCCUUGAAUGACCUUACUGAUUUACUGAAAGAGGGCUUCGAUUGGGAGCAAAGUGCUCGUUGGCUCCGAGCUAUAAGGGAGAGAUUCCCUGACGCGUCCAACACGGCUGCUUACUGGGAGUGCAGGGCUGCUCUAGAAGAGAGACGAGGAGAUUUGCCGGCUUCCGUACAGUGUUGGGAGGAGGCUAUCGCUAAGGGAACUGAGCAUUCAGUCGUCGAAGCGAAUCUCGACCAGUUACUGGACAAGUUCAUGCAGCUGAAGAUCAGCCCGAACAGCGGUAAGCGGCGCUGCAUCGAUCCCAAAAUGGUAGACGUCAAAAACGUCUUCAAAAGUACGAUCAUACGUUUCGCUGUUCAACAAGCUAAAUUGCGCAGGUCCGAGGGCCCCAAGUACACGGUGACGCCGGUCCGCCGCAGCGGGCGUCUCAGCAUCCGGACCCCCUUGGCUGAGUGCAGCAGCGUGCGGACUCUGGCGCCGGGCCACGCGUUCGUACCGAACCCUACCAUAUGUCAAACGCCCUAAGAAAAUUAAAGGAUUUUAAUGUGGCCCAUUCAUCCUCAACGAUUGAUAUUGAAUAAUAGGACAGCAUCGUUAACAUGCCGAUGCGAGUGAAAUUUUCGGAGUUCCAUAUCAAGGCGGCAAUGUAAAGCGUACCAUGGAAACUAGUUUCAAUAAAUUUAUUAGGCUUUCCUGUUGAUAACACAUCAGUACAGAGAUGCUCCUAUGAGUGACAUCACUAAAACAAUUUUGUUGAUAACAAUGAUUGCGUCACUUAAACCGUUUGAAAUUGCUGUGCAAAUUUAAAUUGACGUUUAAUAAUAAUAAUAAUAAUAAACAAUUGUUCCAAUCAUAAAUUAGGUACAAAAACAAAAAAAUUACGAGGCUUGUGGACGGUUACCGGCUCAGCAAUGCCUAACAGAUCAACUCAAUCGAUACUGCAGCGUUGGUCUUCCGCCGGCACCUGCGGAGUGACGUGCACACCAGCAUCAGACCGACCAAUCGUUAUGUAUUUGAAUCAAGCAAAUUUUUUGUAUUUCUAAAUUGUCACAUGUUACGUGUGUGACGUCAUAUGUAGUAAACAAAGAGAAAUACAUGAAAUAUUCACAUAAUUACGUCACACGGGUGUCAUAAAACAACGCAUUAGAUUUUAUUGAUUGCUUUUAACAAUAUUAGUUUCCAAAAAAAAAAAAGAAAAUGGCGUGUUUUAUUCAGCAAAUACCGUUUGAUAAACCCCUUGUGUGAUUAAAACGCCGUUGUUACUAUAUUAAAUUUUAAUUCUAUAAUUUGGGUACGUUACACACUAUACGCUAUUUGAUAUCGCGUAAAUGUAACUACAUAGCUUAGUGGUGGUAUUGUGUAUGGCUACCCCGCAUGCGUGGGUACUAUUCCACCUAUAUCGGAUGUGAGCCGAUCGUGUGUUCGAAGGAUAGAGCAGCCGUUAUGGAACUUCGAUCUCUUGUGGAAGGGCGCUUGCCAGGAUAGCUGUGUCCAUGGGCUCCGGAGACUGCUUAGCCAGAUGCACUGGAGUCGGUCAUCCAUGUAAAAUAAAAUUAAAAUUGAAAUGUUUUUAGAAAUCAUGCCCAAUGAUGAAAUAUUAAUGAUGCUAGUAAUUUUAUAAAUAAUAAUUAGUGAUAUUAAUAUGUAUGUUUUAUAAGUUGUUCUUUUUUGUGUUUGUUGGUAUUAAUGCGGUGAGAUGUUGGAUGCAAGGCUUAUCAGAUUAAAAGUGGACUGUGUUUACAACUGGUUUAUUAAUUGAAUGUUCGUACAGUUUUAAGGGACCGAGAACGAUUGUGUACAUAUUUUUGCGUUGCUGCUCAUCAUUUUGUCCCCUCCCGCUUCCGCUGCGAUGACGAAAAUAGGGUUGCUAUGUUUCAAACAGUGUUACUAUUUUGUUAGUAUUUUGUCUCUAUGAGAAAUGGAUUAUAUGCGAUAAUUUCACCACCCCUGAAGAGGUUAUCUGAACAAAAAUCAAUUGGGAUAAUAAUAUUAAACGAAAACCGGAUAGAUGGAAUGAUUUCGCAACAAAAUGUCGGAAAUUUACUUAUACCAAAGCGGUUUUUUUUAAGAAUUCAGUGAAUUUAUUUUCUCACACAAGUUCACUUUCACAGGAAAUAGACCACCGUUAUAACUUUUUUUUUUAAUGCAAUUGAUUUGACAUUAAUUCGCCGAUCGUGUUCCCUCCAAAAAGCUCUGCGUCAAUUUUCGAACGAACAUUUUUUUGUUAGAAACUGGCCUUGUGUGGUGAUGUUUUUGAAUACGAUUAUUAUACGGCCUAUAUUUAAAUAUAAUGACAUUUUUAUUCUACCCAUAAGUACAUGUUAACGUAUGCAAUUGGUGAAAUAUUUUAAAAAUUAAUAAUAAUAUAUUGUUUGUUAAUCAAAUGUACGAUAAAGAAAUUUGUGCUUUAAUAAGAAUUUUUAAUACCAAUACAAUAGUUUAGAGUCGGUAUGUGAAUGCAUGAUUGGAAUGUUUAAUGAAUGUGUAGGAAUAAAUAUAUUUUAUUGAAA